AUUAAAAACAAGAAGAAGUUGAAACGACCCGUGCCCCCUAUAUAUUGAGCAAAGAGGGUUUUAGACGAAGAGUCGAAAAUCCUUUACUUUUGUUCUAGGGUUUAAGCGCUUCUUAUUAUUUCCUCUAAAUCUUUUCAAUGGCUUUCUGGGGAAUUGAAGUGAAGCCCGGAAAGCCAUUUGCUUUGAAAUUCGAUGAUGGGCUGCGGAGAAGGCUUCAUAUUUCUCAGGCGACAUUGGCGAUUGGGUCUUCGAAACAAACUAGUCUAGUUCAAUGUAAUGUGGGAGAUAAGAGUCCUGUUCUUUUGUGUGCAUUGUUGCCGGAUAAGAGUGAGUCGUUGCAGCUAAAUUUGGAAUUUGAUGAGGAUGAAGAAGUUUUGUUUUCUGUUGUUGGUCCUCGGGGCGUGCACCUUACGGGCUUCUACACCAGCGGUGGGCGCAGUUUCAAUGAUGAUGGGUCAGAAUCAUAUGGGGAGGAUAUUGCGAACUCUGAAAACGAGGAAUCAGGUCAACAGAGUGAUGAAGAUGAGUAUGAAGAUAGUUUCAUCGAUGAUGAUGAGAACCUGGAAGUUUUGCCACAUUGCACUCUGCCAACUGAUGGAGCAGUUGAUGAUGACAUUGAUAUGAACAAGACGAACAAUAAAAAAAAGCUCAAGAAAAGGUCCAUGGUCGUUGAAUCUGAUGAUGAUGAUGAGUUUAUUUCCUGGCAGCAGAACACUGGAAAAUGCAUUAGAAGUGUUUUAAAGAGUGAUAGUGAGGAUAGUGUCCCAAUUCUAUCUCUGUGUAAGAACAAAAAAGCUGAAAAGAAUACAGUAUCCGAAUCCAAUAUUUGUGGCGAUCCAGUGAAAAACGAUGAUCCAAAAAGGACUACGCCAAAGAAAAAAAGCAAGGGAGCUGAUAGUGAAGGGAAAGCAGUCGAUGCUGCUAACAACAAUAAUGAAGGCGAUGAAGCCAAACAAAGUGAGGCGAAAACCAACUCCAUAUCUGUUGCUCAGGAUCCCAUUGUAACUAAUGAGAUUCUUGAUGAUCCAAGCAUGAAUAAGACUACGCCAAAGAAAAAAAGCAAGGGAGCUGCUAGUGAAGGGAAAGCAGUCGAUGCUGCUAACAACAAUAAUGAAGGCGAUGAAGCCAAACAAAGUGAGGCGAAAACCAACUCAAUAUCUGUUGCUCAGGAUCCCAUUGUAACUAAUGAGAUUCUUGAUGAUCCAAGCAUGAAUAAGACUGUGUCAAAGAAAAAAGGCAAGGUAGUUUCUCAAGAAGUGAAAAUUCUUGAAGUUGAUGCUGUUCAGUAUAGUGAUCCAGGUGAUAAAGUCAAAGAAAGUGAGGCAGCAACUAACAGCAUAGUGGUCAGUCAGGAUCCAGGCGUAAGUAAUGAGAUUGAUGGUUAUCCAGACAUUGAUAACAUUAUAUCCAACCUUUUGCCUAAGCCUGAAUUGGAAGUUGAAAGUGGUGCCACGCCAAAAAAGAAAAGGAAGGAACGUUCCAAGGAUGAGAAAAUUCCAGAAGCAAAUACUGAUAACCACACCCAAAGCUUCCCAGAGAAGAAGUGCAUGAAAGCUGACAAGGGAGCUGAUAAUGUGGACCAGGAUCUGCAUAUGGGAAACGAACAUAAUCAAAGUGAAACUGGAUUCGCAGCUGAUACAUUACUACCUACUGUGGAAGAAGGCUCUGAAAGACCAAAAAAGAAGAGAAAGAAAUUACAAGAUAAACAAACAUCUACUAAAAAUGAUCUUGAUGUUCCCGGAAGAAAAGCUGAUGAAAAUACAUCUGAGAAGGCAGAAAAAAAGAAGAAAAAUAAGAGUAAGAGUAAAGUCCAAAAAAAUGAUGAAAAUAUGACUGUCUCAUUGAAUGGAGAAAAGGAGAAUCCUAUAAAUGAAGUUCAGGAGAAGAAUGUUAUUUCUGGGUCAUCCAAUGUAAGGACUUUGUCAAACGGACUAGUUAUUGAAGAUUUAGAAUCAAACAAAUCUGAUGGAAGAGAAGCAUUACAAGGGAAAAAGCUCAAGGUGCAGUACACAGCCAAGUUAAAGGAGAGUGGGGAGAUGAUUGAUUCCAAUUGCAAUGCUCCUGUCAAGUUUCGCCUAGGUGAUACAAAUAUUAUGGAGGGUUGGAAUAUUGGUCUUGAAGGCAUGCGUGCGGGAGACAAGAGAAGGCUCGUUGUUCCACCAUCAUUAGGUAACUGGAGCAGUGGAAGUGAAGAAAAUGUACCUCCGGAGUCAUGGGUGAUAUAUGAUGUUGAAGUUUUGAGGGUGUAUUCAAAAUAGCUUUCAUCUGUGUUUGUUUAAUUCAGUUACCUCGUGUCUGCUUAUUAUUAACUUAUAUUUUUUGUGAAGUUGGAAAUUUUGGGUGUAAUACACAGAAUGUGUCUGCACAGGUUAAAAUAUUUAAACAGCAUUGAGAACCAAUGAGCUGCGAUUUUGCGUAUUAUAAGAAAUUUGCAAUUUCAUUUCU